AUGUUUGCGCCAUUAUCAAGAAAUUCAAUUUCUCAAAUUCAAGGAAAAGAAAAGCUUCCUCUGCCUUUAGUCUUUCAAAUAAUUUCAGUCAUCCCAACUUCUCAAAACUGCACAAAGUAUUAUUUAUUUAGACUUUCAAUAUCAGAUGGCAUAGACUACCUAAAUGCUCUUAUUUCAAAUACCCGUCUUCAACCAGCGUCUUCAAGCCACUCAGUCACAGAGCUUUCUCUCAUAAAAAUUCACGACUACGCACUACAAAAUGGCAAUUUUGAAAAUAAAAACAGGCAGCUUCUGAUCCUUUUGGAAAUUGAAUUUAUCCAGCAGCUUGAUUUCAUAGUGGGGAACCCAAAAGCUCUUCCUUUGGCCAAGGUGGAAAACGAAGAAAUAAUUGACCCAAAGCCAAGCAUAAGUUCUGCAGUUACAGCUGAAAAUACUCCGUAUGAUUGUCAUAAUGAAGAAAACGACCAAUUGUUUAAUAUAAAUUCAUUCACAAUCCUGCAAUGUAAACAGUGUAAAAACGUAUUGACACAUUCAGGGUAUUGGUUUGAAGGAAUGGUUUUUAGUUUUAUGUUGAAUGUUACAGAAGGGGAAACUGGAAUUUCCAAUCACAAUACAAUGCAGAAAAUCAGUUGCCUUUGUGGAGCUGAUAUAGGAUUUAAAUAUAUUGCUUCUGAGCGAAAACUAGUUGACAAAUAUUUAAUUUACGACAACUCAAUAUCCAGACAGAACUUCCCAAGCUUCAAAGAAAAAACAGUCACAACACAUGAAGUGAUUGUAAAGAGCCAAGAAGUCGGAUUCCUUUUAGAAACGCUUGGAAAAGAAGAACUGGCUGUAAAAGCAUUUCAAGAUAUUUCUCGGAAGUUCCAAGCAAGGCUUGAAUUUGUUGAAGAAGCAGUUAAGAAAAUAGAAAAAGGGAUAGCGAGGGUCUACAAGAAGGUUUUUAAAUAA